UGGGUCACGUUCGUUUGUACAGCGGCCAAUUUUUGCAGGCAAUAACAAAGGGAAUCCACCAAAAUAAAUACUAUUGAAGGAGAAACGGCUUUAACUGAUAAACAAGGAUAUAGCUAGCCAAGUCAAUUAAAUAAAUAGAUACACAUUUUCGACAAUAUCCUGACAGAUUGUGGCAACGUUUUAGGUUGAUAACAGAACGAGGACAGCGAUUUUGCUAUGAUGUGAGCUUUCUAGCUAGGUUACAGUUGUGUUAUAUUUGGCAAUACAUCUUAAACUGACAUCUAUUAAUAACCGGUUAGUUAGACGAUGACACUCCUGAUACAGCCAUAACAUCUGAACUGUUAUUUUGUUGUUUUAAGCUAGGGAGGGGCUGUGGCUUGCUACUGCUAGCUAGCUAGCUAGCUAACCAAGUCAGCAGAAAAUAACUAGCUAGAUAGCCAACAGCCUGUUUCCAGUUAUUUCAGAGGCUAACUGUUAGCCUAGUGUCAGUAGUUUUCUAUUUGAACAGAGUAGGCAGGGCAUACACAAUUUCUGUAAAAAAAAAUGUCAAAAUACACAAGUUUUUCGGAACCAGGCGACGCCCACAACCCAUUCCAGGACCCUGCAGUGACUCAACACAGCAGCAACACUGAGUAUGCCACACUGGAUCUUUACAACCCAUUUGACAAUAAAAAUGGGCCCCCACCACCAGCCUAUGCAGCCACCUCCCCAUCUGGCCCCCAACCUGUUGUUCCUGCAACAACCCCACCCAGCAGGACUACGCCUACAGAGCCCCGCAACUAUGGCACCUCCUUCACCCCCCAGCAGACAGCGGUCAACGCCACCACAGCAGAACUCUUGAAGAAGCAGGAAGAGCUGGAGAAGAAAGCCCGUGAGCUGGAGAGGAGGGAGAGGGAGCUGAACUCAUACGCCCUUGGCCCUGGAGCCACUCGUCAGAAUAACUGGCCUCCCCUGCCCACUUUCUGCCCUGUGGGACCCUGCUUCUACCAAGACAUCAACAUGGAGAUCAGCCAGAGCUUCCAACACACUGUCUCUAUCAUGUAUUACUACUGGAUGUUCACUGCCUGCACACUGGCAUUUAACUUAAUUUCCUACCUGAGUCUGUUCUGUGUGGACACUUCUGGUGGUGUUGGGCUGGGCCUCGCCAUCCUCUGGGUCCUCCUCUUCACCCCCUGCUCCUUCGUCUGUUGGUACAGGCCUGUGUACAAAGCCUUCAGGAGUGACAGUUCCUUCAACUUCUUCGCCUUCUUCUUCAUUUUUUUCAUCCAAGUGAUUGUCUAUGUCAUCAUGACCAUUGGCAUUCCUGGAUGGGGUUUCAGCGGCUGGAUAGUGAGUCUGGCUGCUCUGAAGACUAGCGUGCCUGUUGGUGUGAUCAUGAUGCUCAAUGCCAUCCUAUUCACUGCCCAGGCUGCCAUUGGGGUUGUCAUGCUCAAGAGGGUCCACUCUCUGUACAGGCAGACUGGUGCCAGCUUCGUGAAGGCUCAGGCUGAGUUUGCCACUGGAGUGAUGUCCAAUCAGGCUGUACGCCAGGCAGCUGCCAACGCUACUGCUUCUGCUGCCCAGGGGGCUUUUACUGGGGUGGCUCGAUAGAGGGAAGGCAGGCAAGAAGAGCAAGGGAGCUGGUAGGGAGAGAGGGGUAGGUACAGUUGAAGUUGGAAGUUUACAUACACCAUAGCCAAAUGCAUUUAAACUCAGUUUUUCACAAUUCCUGACAUUUAAUCCA